UUCCCCUUCGAAGCAACACGCCGGAGUCCAGUUCACUCCGCUGUACGAUCCCAUCCCCUCUGCAUCGGCAAGGCACCGCACCGACGCCGACCGCUCCCCACCAAGGGCGGCCGGGCGAGCAUGAAGGCCCUCGGCGCGCACGCCUCCGACCUGCUCCACGGCCCGCACCUCGUCCGCGCCGCCGUGCUCUUCCUCGCCUGCGCCGCCUCCUUCCUCAUCGGCUACCGCUGGUCCGACGCCUCCGCGAGCCCUCUCUUCUUCUCGUCCGUCUUCUCCCCCGCGUCCCCCUCCUCCCGCAUCUCGUCUCGCUCCCCUUCCGUCGCCAUCUCGCCCAACUCCAACAUCUCCUUCGACCCAUCCCUAAUCCCCGCCCCCGCAGCUGCUCCGCCCGCUUCAUCUACUCCCAAUGCCUCGCCGCCGCCCCCAGUGCCAACUCCGUCGCCGCCACCUCCAACGCCAACUCCGUCACCGCCGCCUCCCCUCCCGCCCUCGCCCCCUCCCCCGCCCGCCCGCCUCGGCAUCGUCGGCGAGGACGGCGCUAUGCGGGACAACUUUGACAUCGGCGCCGUCGUCAACGAAACCGAUCUGGCCACCGACGAGGGCGCGACGCAGGAGCCUGGCAGCGUGGGCGCCGGCGGCGGCAACAGGGCCCGGAUUGGGAAGUUCCCUGCCUGCCCCGCGAGCAUGAGGGAGUACAUUCCCUGCCUCGACAACGACGAGGAGAUCAGGCGGCUGCCCUCCACGGAGCGUGGGGAGCGGUUCGAGCGGCACUGCCCGGCCAAGGACAAGGCUCUGAGCUGCCUCGUGCCAGCCCCCAAGGGGUAUAAGGCGCCCAUCCCCUGGCCUCGGAGCAGAGACGAGGUGUGGUUUAGCAAUGUACCUCAUACACGCUUGGUUGAUGACAAAGGAGGGCAGAAUUGGAUUACCAAGGCUAAAGAUAAAUUUACAUUUCCUGGGGGAGGAACCCAGUUCAUACAUGGAGCAAAUCAAUACCUGGAUCAGAUAUCUCAGAUGGUACCAGAUAUUGCAUUUGGCUCUCGCACUAGAGUUGUUCUGGAUGUUGGCUGUGGAGUAGCAAGUUUUGGUGCAUACUUACUUUCACGUGACGUGUUGACAUUGUCCAUUGCUCCCAAAGACGUUCAUGAGAAUCAGAUACAGUUUGCUCUUGAGCGCGGUGUUCCUGCAAUGGUGGCAGCAUUUGCAACACACAGACUAUUAUAUCCCAGUCAAGCAUUUGAGAUUAUCCACUGUUCCCGCUGCAGAAUAAGUUGGACACGUGACGAUGGAAUCCUGCUCCUGGAGGUUAAUAGAAUGCUUAGAGCUGGUGGGUAUUUUGCUUGGGCAGCACAGCCUGUUUAUAAGCAUGAAGAGGCCCAGCAAGAGGCGUGGAAAGAGAUGGAGGACCUCACAACCAGACUUUGUUGGGAGCUUGUGAAGAAAGAGGGAUAUGUUGCUAUGUGGAGGAAGCCUGUAAAUAACUCAUGCUAUAUGAGCCGUGAUCCAGGGGUCAAACCUCCACUUUGUGAUACUGAUGAUAAUCCAGAUAAUGUCUGGUAUGUUGGUCUGAAAGCAUGUAUCAGUCGACUACCUGUAAAUAGUGACGGAUCAACUCCCUUUCCAUGGCCUGCACGCUUAAUGGAGCCUCCAAGGAGACUUCAAGGUGUUGAAAUGGACGCCUACUCAUCAAAGAAUGAGCUUUUCAAAGCAGAAACGAAAUUUUGGGAUGAUAUACUCGAAGGUUAUAUUCGUGUUUUCAAGUGGAAAAAGUUCAAACUCCGGAAUGUAAUGGACAUGAGGGCUGGAUUUGGAGGGUUUGCAGCUGCAUUGAUCGGUCGCAAGCUUGAUUGCUGGGUGAUGAAUGUUGUUCCUGUUACUGAGCCAAACACACUGCCUGUAAUUUAUGACCGGGGACUUCUUGGAGUGGCCCAUGACUGGUGUGAACCAUUUGACACAUAUCCAAGGACUUAUGAUCUGCUGCAUGCAUUCGGGCUAUUCUCAAAGGAGCAGAAAAGGUGUAAUGCCUCAGUUAUCUUGCUUGAGAUGGAUCGCAUACUCAGACCUGGUGGUAGGGCAUAUAUCCGUGAUAAAAAGGAAACGAUAGAGGAGAUCAAGGAAAUAACAGACGCGAUGGGAUGGAGAUCCACCAUACGUGACACUGCUGAAGGCGCGUAUGCUAGCAGGAAGGUUUUGAUGUGUGACAAGCCGAUGGUGCGCUAGCCGAUCAGGCAGACCAUUCUCCGGCAAGCAAUGCUGUGGCGGGUGCCUGCGGUUUUUUAGUUCUCCGGCACCGUUGGAACUGACUACAAGAACUGCAGUGGACUGGAGAUUUGACAUUGUGCUCCGUAGAUAGGUUAUAGGUGGAGGUCAAAGCUGUAAUUUAAUUCGAUUCAUCAUUUGUUUGUACAAGUCCGAUCUAGCUCGGCGUGUUUUUGUUGUAACAUAUAUAUACGGUGAUCGAAAGAAGACUUGGCAAAGGUUUUGGUGAAUAGAGAAUGGAUGAGAUGAUUUUUUUUUUGAGGAAAGAGAAUGGAUGAGAUUUUGGUUGCA